CCAAAUAGCAAGACUCCUACAGAGCCAGCGAAGCGGUGCAUAGCAGUCAGCCUGUAAAGCAGUCUAGAUUAGAAAGAUUGUGAAACUGAUUAAAGGUUACAAACUGUAUACCUGAUCUGGCAUUGUAAGGGAUUAUUUUUAUUUUUGUUCCCAGCUCUUAGCCCAGAGCGAGGUUAUAGGACAGAUGGACUUAAAACCUGCCUGACCGUGGACCCCUCACUGGAACCCCUGCUGCGCUUAUUGCAGGAGUGACUAGGACACUACCUUCUUGAAGUAAUGCCCACAGAAAGCGGAAGUUGUUCAGCUGCUCGCCAAGCAAAACAAAAACGCAAAUCACAUAGCCUUUCUAUACGAAGAACUAACAGCUCAGAACAAGAGAGGACGGGACUACCAAGAGAAAUGUUAGAAGGACAAGAUUCUAAACUGCCUUCCUCAGUUCGUACUACUCUUUUGGAACUGUUUGGUCAAAUAGAAAGAGAAUUUGAAAACCUGUAUAUUGAAAACUUGGAAUUGCGUAGAGAAAUUGAUACUCUUAAUGAACGCUUAGCUGCUGAAGGACAGGCGAUUGAUGGGGCAGAACUGAGUAAGGGCCAACUCAAAACAAAAGCCAGUCACAGUACCAGUCAGCUUUCUCAGAAACUAAAGACCACUUACAAGGCUUCCACCAGCAAGAUUGUCUCCAGCUUUAAGACCACCACGUCCAGGGCUGUUUGCCAGCUUGUGAAGGAGUACAUUGGCCACAGGGAUGGGAUCUGGGAUGUCAGUGUUGCGAGAACACAGCCAGUGGUGCUGGGGACAGCAUCUGCUGACCACACGGCUUUGCUGUGGAGCAUAGAGACUGGGAAAUGUCUUGUUAAAUAUAGCCGGCCAUGUGGGUCAGGUAA